AUGGGGUCUGUAUUUUCGACGAAGACCAAUAAUGAUGUAGACAGUGGUGUAGUGGAUCGUUUAUCAAGAGCCUAUGAUCAGCAGAUACUCAAUCAAAUCGCGUUGCACAAUUUGCAGUUUGAACAAAGACGAUCCGUAGAGUUAGCAACGAAUCGUGAAAGUAUCGGCUGGGAGCUUAUGGCUGCAUCAACCGUAACUGUUGCAUUAGUGAUGACAGCAGCGUUUCUAAAGAAUAAGUUCAUGGCUGUUCCUAUUAUUGCUUUAGUGAUGGGUGCUGGCUACAGGUAUGACAAGUGUUAUGGAGAACAUGAUCAAGAGAUUCGAGAAUGUGCUGAACGUUUGCUUGGUGAAGAUCGACGACGAUUUGAAGUAAUUGGCGGUGCUGUAACAUUAUCAGAAAUUGACGAACGAAUCAAGUCGAAGAAAAGAGCAAACAAAUAA